AUGUCGUAUUUCCGAUUUACGGCAGCGGUCUUGCGACUUUGUCCAGCCAAUCAGCGUCCACUAUUGUGUUGUCUCAAAACAAAUGCACAUGUAUACAGAACUGGGUCUUGUACUUUGGAAUGUGACAAUCUAAUUACUCGGUUGAUCUUGAUACCAUUCUGUCGGCAGGUCCAUUUGUCGCAUAUACCUUUGAACAGAAUGACGGAUCAGUCAAGAAACUCCUGGAUUUUAAAAGAUGAUCCCCGAUUGGUUUCGGCACGGCAGAAGGAUUUUUUUGUUGACAUCCUUGAUGAAAGGCGACAUACAAGUGACAUAAACUGGGCACUUCGACAGAGAGAAGUUCCUGAAUACAAGUAUAAUAAACCCAGAUCCCCAGCACAGGUCAAACAAGAUGUCUUAAACAGUGACAGAGUCAAAUAUGCUGUAGAAAAGGUAUGUGAAGAAACGGGAACACCAAUUGAUGAUGUAAUGAAAGAGGCAGAGGCAGUUGUCGAUGAAAUGUCCCACAACUUGCGCGUAGGCGUUAUAAGAGGAUUUGCAAUCUUUCUCGUAAAAGUCAUGAAGAGUCUUUUUGAGAGAAUUUAUGUUAAUGAAGAAGCAAUCCAAAAGGUUAGAGCAAUGAUGAAGGAGUAUCCAAUAUUAUUGAUGCCUAGUCAUCGUAGUUACCUGGACUUUUUACUCAUGUCCUAUGUAUUCUUCCACUAUGAUCUACCCCUGCCUGUUAUUGCUGCAGCAAUGGAUUUCAUGGGUAUGAAAUUUUUUGGUUGGUUAUUGCGUAACUCUGGAGCAUUCUACAUCCGUCGUAGUUUUGGUGAUGACCAGUUGUACUGGGCUGUGUUCACAGAAUAUGUACAAACACACAUAUGUAAUGGUGAUUCACCUGUGGAAUUCUAUGUGGAAGGAACGAGGAGUAGAACACAAAAAUCUCUGAGUCCAAAAUUUGGUAUGCUGUCAGCAUCUUUAGAACCCUAUUUCAAGGCACAGAUCCCUGAUAUCAUGGUUGUGCCAGUAAGUGUGUCCUACGACAGAGUUCUUGAGGAGAAGUUGUAUGCUUAUGAACUGCUUGGUGUUCCCAAACCUAAAGAAUCAGCAUCAGGUGUGUUCAGAGCUAGAAGUAUAUUAUCAGAAGAUUAUGGGAAUGUUCAUAUAUUUAUUGGUGAGCCAGUAUCAAUAAGAAACUACUCUGUUAAGUCUGUGGACAGAACAUCACACAGUUUAUCUCCAAGGUAUAUAGCUAGUCUCUCAUUUCAAGAACAAGCAUUGAUACAGAAGCUAAGCUAUGACAUAACAUUACAACAACUGAGAAAUAUGGCCAUAGCUCCAUGGUCCAUGAUAGCAGCAGUAUUGUUACAAAAUAUGGAAGGCAUUCCCAUGAAACAGUUAAUCAAGGAAGUAGAGUGGUUAAAACGGCAAGCAUCGAAUCUUGGUGCUUACAUAGACUGGCCUGUAAAUGAAACACCAGAAGCUGUCAUUAUACAUAAUAUAUUCAUUCAUAAGAACAUUGCGCAUGUAACAGCAGACGAUAUUGUUGAACUUGUGGCAAUAGAUGAUACAUUAGCCAAUCAGAAUGGAGAUAAUUUGAUGACGUCUGCUGCACAGGAGAUGAUGGUCUGUCUCUAUAGGAACCAGCUUCUAAAUGUGUUCGUCCGAGUUGCACUGAUAGCCAUUCCAAUAAAUACAUGUGUUCAGGAUACUAUGUCAAUAUCGGAACUGAAAUCCAAGUACAAUUUGUUAGAGAAGCUGUUAAACAGAGAAUUCAUAUUUAUGCCAGGACAAACUGACCAGGAUUUUGAGUUAGCACUAGCAACAUUGACACACGGAUGUGGUGUUGUUGUAGAAGAUGGACAUGUUCAGAUCAAGAAAUCCACUAACAAAUAUACAACAUUUUUCAGUCAGAUGUUUGAGCCAUUCCUCCUUGGAUACUGGAUGAUGUGCCGGUACCUCCUGUCUAUGCAAGCUGGUUCCCAUGGGAAACCAUUGGUGAAGUUGCCUAAAGCCAUUUCAAAAGAAGCACAGAUGCUGAGUUCGCAGUUGAUACGGGACGGACAUGUGAAACACAAGGAAAUCCUGUCACUGGAUAUGAUGAGCAACUCAUUACACGCCCUGUAUCACCUUGGGGCAGUGCAUAAAGAAAAAAGGGAUGGUGCAACCUAUAUGUAUCCAAAUCUGGUGAUCUUGUCAAAAGUUACAGAGGAUCUUAGCAAAUUCAUAGAAGUUCCCCCACUGCCACAGACAAUAAUUAAUGUAGACACUAAAACAGUGGUCGUUGAUGCAAAACUGUGAUUGAUGAUAGGAACUUUUGGGGGGAAUUUGUACACAGACACAUGAUAACCAUUGCGAAACAUUGGGAAACUGUUUGGACGUUGGAAGGAAAUCUCUUGGUCAGUGUUGAUAAGGCAAUAUAAACAACAGAAUAUAAUUGAAAUUUUGGGCAGAAAUUCUGAUGUUAUGAAAUGAUGAGGCACACAAUGUGUACACCACUUAUGGAUCAGAGUGCUCUAAAAUAUGUUGCAGUUGAGUAAGGUGAAACAGUGCUCAGAAAAACUGGAACAUGUGCUAAAUGGAACAUCUACAAUCGUCUCUUCAGACAGUCGUUUAUACAUCAUGGUGACUGAAGAAAGUCGCAUCAUUGUUCCAGCCUAGUACAGACUCAUAACAGGACUGAAAAUCAUAUGAGAAUUUUGUUCUGUUUUCUUCUAUGGACAUCACUAUGAUCAGUUUUGAAACAACAUUCUGGAAUCUAGGAAUCAUGGGAAUAAACCCAUGGACUUUCCAUGCGGUUCACUUCAUGAGUUAGGCAUGACAUGGUACCCAUUAAAGAUGGUAAAUUAUGACAGACAGAUAUUAUAUGACAAAGUCUAUGUAAUGUCAUAAAAUCAGCUUAAGAAGUUUGGAUCUUGCUGUUCAUGAGAAAAUAUCUAUAAAGUAGGCAUUUGUAGUUGUACUUGUACCUAACUUUUGGAUAGAAUUUAAUAUCUGUUAAAACUUCCACUAAAUUCUUCAUUGUGGACUUUUUAAUGUAGAUAGAUUAUUUUCUAUAAGCAAACAGUUCAUCAAAAUUGCAAUUGUCUGAAAGACUCACAAUAUGAAAACUUGCUUAUAGUUCAGAUUUUUCUGAUCAGUCUAGCAAAAAUUCAAGCACAUGAUCCUAUCUUUCUGAUUUGCCAAAUAUUCUUAGUAUUCCUAAUUUACCAGGGAUUAAUCAAAUUCUACAUUGUAGAAACAUUCUAUGCAGAACUACCUUAAAGUUCUAUAAUGCUUUUAACUUUAUGCUAAAACAGAUUAAGAAGCUGUCUGAGUAGAGAAUAUGCAUAAUUACAUGGUUGGAGAAGCACUACUUUCAAUGUUUAAAGUGAUAUAAUACUUCCAUAAAGGGAGGUAAUAAAAAGGAAUUGAGUCAAUUAGACUUUCAACCUUAUUAAUCAGACCUUAUUAUAAAUUAACACGUAACGAAAAUAGGAAAUAACAAUAAAUUAAAUAUACUGUUUGUUUAAAAGAAUGUUUUUUAUUUUCACUAUUACAUGACAGUGUAUUAUAUAUUAUUCAUUCUGUUUUAUAUGAAUAAUAUCACAGUAGGUUAAGUAUUGUUAAAUAUAUUAUAUUAUAUCAAAUAUGUCCAUUGAAUGUCAUAAUAUUUAUUUCAUUUUCUCUGCAUACUAUGUUUUUAUCUUCUGUUAUUUAUACAUUAAUUAUGUCUCCCCAGGAGACAUAUUGUUUUUGCCCUGUCCGUCAUUCCGUCCGUCCGUCCGUCCGUACGUCACACUUCAUUUCCGAGCAAUAACUGGAGAACCAUUUGACCUAGAACCUUCAAACUUCAUAGGGUUGUAGGGCUGCUGGAGUAGACGACCCCUAUUGUUUUUGGGGUCACUCUGUCAAAGGUCAAGGUCACAGGGGCCUGAACAUUGAAAACCAUUUCCGAUCUAUAACUAGAGAACCACUUGACCCAGAAUGUUGAAACUUCAUAGGAUGAUUGGUCAUAAAGAGUAGAUGACCCCUAUUGAUUUUGGGGUCACUCCGUCAAAGGUCAAGGUCACAGGGGCCUGAACAUUGAAAACCAUUUCUGAUCAAUAACUAGAGAACCACCUGACCCAGAAUGUUGAAACUUCAUAGGAUGAUUGGUCAUGAAGAGUAGAUGACCCCUAUUGAUUUUGGGAUCACUCCGUCAAAGGUCAAGGUCACAGGGGCCUGAACAUUGAAAACCAUUUCCGAUCAAUAACUAGAGAACCACUUGACCCAGAAUGUUGAAACUUCAUAGGAUGAUUGUACAUGCAAAGUAGAUGACCCCUAUCGAUUUUGGGGUCACUCCAUUAAAGGUCAAGGUCACAGGGGCCUGAACAUUGAAAACCAUUUCCGGUCAAUAACUUGAGAAUCACUUGAUCCAGAAUGUUGAAACUUAAUAGGAUGAUUGGUCAUGCAGAGUAGAUGACCCCUAACGAUUAUGGGGUCACUCUGUGAAAGGUCAAGGUCACAGGGGCCUGAACAUUGAAAACCAUUUCCGGUCAGUAACUUGAGAACCACUUGACCCAGAAUGAUGAAACUUCAUAGGAUGAUUGGUCAUGCAGAAUAGAUGACCCCUAACGAUUUUAGGGUCACUCUUUUAAAGGUCAAGGCCACAGGGGCCUGAACAUGGAAAACCAUUUCCAAUCAAUAACUUGAGAACCUCUCGACCCAGAAUGUUGAAACUUCAUAGGAUGAUUGUUCAUGCAGAGUAAAUGACCCCUAUUGUUUUUGGGGCCACUCCGUUAAAGGUCAAGGUCACAGGGAUCUGAACAUUGAUAACCAGUUCUGAUCAAUAACUUGAGAACCACUUGACCGAGAAUGUUGAAACUUCAUAGGAUGAUUGAACAUGCAGAGUAGAUGACCCCUAUUGAUUUUGGGAUCAGUCUGUUAAAGGUCAAGGUCACAGUGGCCUGUUCAUGUAAAAUCAUUUUUUGGAAAUAACUUGAGAACCACUUGACCUACAAUGUUGAAACUUAAUAGGAUGAUUGGACAUGCAGAGUAGAUGACCCCUAUUUAUUUUGAGGUCACUUGAUCAAAGGUCAAGGUCACAGGAGCCUGAACAGUGACUGGAGAACCACUAGGCCAAGAGUGUUGAAAUUUAGCGGGAUGACUGGACAUGCCAAGUAGAUGAUCCCUAUUGCAGCCAACCAUCAGUGUCUCUUUGAUUUUUGCUCCUGACCCCUAUUGACUUCUUGCCUAUAGGACUUUGCAUUGAGGGAGACAUGUGCUUUUUUACAAAAGCAUUUUCUAGUUAGUGCUUUAUUAACUCUAAUUUUAUAUGAUAUAUUAAAAUAUGAGAAAAAAUCCUA